GGUGCGAGGUUCGAGUUGGCGAUUGCGCUCUUAUUCGGGCUGUUGAUGGUCCUCCAUUCAUUGGAUUGAUACGUUGGAUUGAGAAAAAAGAAGAAGGCCAUCCCAAAUUACGCGCUAGUUAGCUUUAUAGACCUGCCGACGUGAAGCUUAACGAGGGCAUACAAGUUAACGCUUAACCAAACGAGAUCUUCUUCUCUUUCCACCAGGCGAAACAUCUGCUGUUUUUCUGCUGCACCCUUGUAAAGUUGCCUUUUUACGUAAAGGUGUUGAGCUGCCAGCUGGAAUUUCUUCAUUUGUAUGUUGGCACGUAUAUGAUAUUGACAAGUGUUUUUGGUGGCUUACUGACCAGGAUUAUAUUAAUGAACGGCAGGAAUAAGUAAAUAGGCUUCUAUACAGAACAAGGUUAGAAAUGCAUGCCGCAGUGCAGUCAGGUGGGCGCUCACCAAAGAGAUUAAAUGGUCCAUCAGCUUCCCAGCAACUGAAGACUGCUUCAGAUGGUACACAAAAUUGUGGUUUAUCUAAAGGAAAGAAGAGAGAUAGAGGUGAGCAAAGAAUUGAUCCAGCGAAGCGGGAUCGAGAUCGCCUACUUAAGGUCGACGACAGUGACCCUGGAAACUUUAAAAUGAAUGAUAUGAAGUCUGAAAUAGCAAAGAUAACAGAAAAAGGUGGACUUGCAAACACAGAAGCAGUUGACAAGCUAGUUCGUCUUAUGCAGCUUGAUCGAACUGAACAAAAGAUAGACCUUGCUGGUCGGGUUAUACUUGCUGAUGUUAUUACUGCUACAGAAAGUCCUGAUUGUCUUGGCAGAUUUGUGCAAUCAAGGGGUCUGCCAGUGUUGGAUAGUUGGCUUCAAGAGGCUCACAAAGGGAAGUCGGGUGAUGGUAGUAGUCCUAAAGAAGCUGAUAAGCCUAUUGAGGAACUUCUCUUGGCCCUGCUUCAUGCACUAUCUAAAUUGCCUAUUAAUCUCAGUGCAUUGCAAAGUUGUAGUAUUGGGAAGUCUGUCAAUCAUCUGCGUGGCCAUAAAAAUUUGGAGAUUCAGAAGAAGGCUAAGUGUCUUGUUGAGAACUGGAAGAAGCGUGUUGACGCUGAAAUGAAGUCAAAUGAUGCGAAACCUGUAGUAUCAGGUCAAUCUGUUUCCUGGCCAGGAAAAGCGGGGUUCCCAGAAAUUUCUAAUGCAGGAAACAAACGAGGUGACUCAAGUGAGCACAGUCCAAAAAAUCCAGUGCCCAAUGUUUCUUCAUCAAAAGUUUUGACUGAUAAACCUGGGGGCACUGAUGCUGUUGUGAAGUUGAAUCUUGUGGUAUCUGUCUCUUCAAAAUUACAACAUAUGCAACCAGCAAAUGUUGCCACCAACUUGAAGGACCAGCCCUGCAAAUCAACUGGUGGGACUGGUGGUUCUGAACUCCCUACUGUGAAAGAGGAGAAAAGCAGCAGUUCAAGCCAAUCACUGAACAACAGCCAGUCAUGCUCUAGUGAUCAUGCAAAAACAAUUGGUUCUUCUUGGAAGGAGGAUGCAAGAAGUUCAACUGCUGCAUCUGGUGGUGCUAGCAAAACUUCUGGAAGUUUGUCACGGGGCCAUCGAAGGGCAAACAAUGGGCUUGUUUCAGGGAACCUGAAGGAAGCUUCCACAAGAUCUGUCUCUCUUGAUCGUUCUUUGUUGCCGGAUAAAUCAUCUCAAUCUGGAACAGCCUCUGAGAAAGGAAUCGAUACACCGUCUGAUGACGGAAAUCGUCAUAGAUUGAUUGUUCGGUUUCCAAAUCCCGGUCGUAGUCCUGCUAGAAGUGCAAGCGGAGGCUCUUUUGAGGACCCAUCUGUUACAGGGGGUAGAGCUUCAUCUCCCGUGGUUGUAGAUAAACACGAGCAGACUGAUCGCAGAGUAAAAAUGAAGACUGAAAGUUCUCAGCCUCAUUUAGCUUCUGAUGCUAAUGUCGAGUUGUGGCAUAGCAAUGAUAUAAAAGGAGCUGCAGGUUCCGAGGAAGGUGACAAAUUACCAUGUGCUAUAUUGGAUGAUGAUAACAGCAGGACACCUGAAGAUGCCGGUAAGGAUGCAUGUGCAUCACAAGUUGCAUGUUCAUCCUAUAUGAACGAAAAAGGCGUCUGCUCAAGUGAAACAAGGGCAGGAGGCUCAUUUAGCCCAAUGAAUGCUCUGAUUGAAAUCAAGUACUCCGAAGCUAGUCGUUCCUUGCAAGCUGGAGAUGAUACAGCAAUGAAUCUUCUUGCUAGUGUGGCAGGAGAAAUAUCUAAAUCUGAAAUGGUUUCCCCAUCUUGUUCACCCAAAAGUUCAUCUGCGAAUAAAGAGGUCUGUGAAGGUGACAACAUUGGGAAGUUUAAAGCAGAAUGUGAUGUGAGCCCAUCACAGGAUCCAGGGCCAACGGAUGUUAAGAAAGUCAUUGUGGCGAAGGAAGUGAAAAAUGACGCUUGUUUGGUUGCAAAGGAGGAACGAUGCCAUACUGUGCCAUCUCCUGAGCCAGCAGAUUCUAAAGCAGUUGGAUCUUCAGCCAAGAUUGAAAUCCGUGAAGAUUGGAAAUGUUCCUCUCUACCUGCUUCAGUUGAUUCACAAGGUGAAGAUUGGAAUGCAUGUACUGUUCGUGGGAAAGCUGAAGAUGGUUGUACAGCCAAGUCCGGUGCUGUCGAAUCUACAUUGGGCGGCUACUGUAGCUUGGUUGUUUCAAAUAGAAAUUCAAGAUUGAUCCUUGCUGGGGAAUCUUCAUUAUGUGCUGCUGAUAAACGAGUCCAGGGUUUGUUAAAGUCAACCAAUCAGAAGCAACUUCUGGGUGUAUCGGACCUCCCAGGAGCCAUUGAUAGAUGUGACAGUACAGCUGGUAAAAUAGAUUUGAAGGUUGUAGAGUUGAUAAAAGCUGAUGCUUUGGGGGAUGGCAGCACAGUGCAGAAAAAGGAUGAAAAGAAGGAACAUUCCUCUUCCUCUCUGGCUGAUGAUAACAAACUAGUUGUAUCAGCAGCAUCCCCACUUGGUGUGGCAAAUGUGAUUAAGGAGAUUAAAGAAUCAAAAGACAGUUCUGGUGAAUCGAGUAGUCAUGUAAAAUCUGAAGGUAUCAUUUCUCAGCAAAGUGAGCAUAGUGCAAAGCACAGUUCGAAGAAAUACAGCGACGGUGCAAGCAGAAAAGAGGAUGGAAAAGAAGACGUUGUCUCAUCAGAUGAGGGUUCUUCUCUAGCUGCUAAGGCCAAGUCAAGUGCUACAGCCAAGCUUGACUUUGACUUGAAUGAAGGAAUAUCUGGGGAUGAUGGGCGUCAGUCUGAGCCAACUAUCUCACCCAUUAUAUGUUCCUCUGCAAUUCAUUUACCUUGUCUUUCGCCAUUCACUUUGCCUAUUGCAGGUGGUUUGCUGCCAGCUCCAAUAACAGUAGCUGCUCCAGCUAAAGGAUGCUUUGUUCCUCCUGAAAACCUACUAAGAGCGAAGCCUGAGACCAGGUGGAAAGGUUCAGCAGCUACAAGUGCAUUCCGUCCUGCCGAACCAAGGAAGAUUUUAGAGAUGCCCCUCGCCACACGUGACAUUCCAGUAUCUGACGCUGCAGGGGAGCAGUCUCGCCACCCGCUUGACAUUGAUUUGAAUGUAGCAGAUGACCAAGUUCUUGAGGAAUAUGUUUCACAGAGUUCUGCUCAGACAACUUGUUCUGAAUCCGGAAAUACAAGAAGUCGUGAUGGCUCUUUACGAAAUGCUGGCAUUGAGCUUGAUUUGAACAGAACUGAUGAAGUUGCAGAGAAUGGCCAAUUUACACUAAAUACUUCGUGCAGAGCUGAAGUCCCACUGUUACCGGCAAGACCGUUGCCUGGGGUUUUCUCUAAUAGUGGUAUGAAUAGCUUGAGGGACUUUGAUCUGAAUAACAGACCAAGCCUUGAUGAAGCUGGCACAGAACCUGCACCAAGGAACCUAUCAGCUAAAAAUACAGGCAGUAUACAAUUCCUACCUCAAGUUCCUGGCGUUAGGAUGAAUAAUUCUGCAAUGAGUAAUAUAUCACCAUGGUUUUCCUCUGCCAACCCUUGUGCUCCUGUAGCUGUACAAUCGUUUUUUCCUGCUAGAGGAGAACAUCCUUACCCUAUUGAGGUAGCACCUGGAGCCCAGAGGAUUAUUGUGUCUACAGCUGAUGGUGGCCAAUUUGGAGGUGAUUCCUUCAGGGCUCCAGUUAUUUCAACAUCACCAACGAUGAUGUUUCACCCACCUGCAUAUCGAUAUGCAGGAUUCCCUUUUACUUCCAGUGUUCACCUUCAAACACCAGGAUUUUCAAUUGGAUCAACAGCAUUUGCCAAUUCUGUGCCUGCAGGAGUUCCUUAUUUCCCUACCAUUUCCCCUUCUCUUGUUGGGCCAACAGGUGCAUUACCUGCCCAACACUCAAGGCAAUAUGCAAUGAAUCUUCCAGAAGGUAGCAGCAACAGUGGACGUGACAGUAAUCGUAAAUGGGAAAGUCAAGGCUUUGAUCUUAAUUCUGGCCCUGGAAGUAUAGAUGUAGAAGGAAAGGAUGAACGGGUACCUUUACCAGUUAGACAAAAUUUGAUCACACCCCCACGUGCCUUUGUGGAGGAGCAAGGAAGAAUCUACCAAAUGCCAGGUGUAGGAACAAAGAGAAAGGAACCUGAUGGCAUUUGGGACACAGAAAGAUCUACAUACAAACAAUUAUCAUGGCAAUGAGAACCCUUCAGGAGAUCUUCACACUGGCUUGUGUGCCCUGUGAGCAUAGGUAACUGCUUGUAGAACUUGGGCGCUGUAUUCUUCCGUUGCUGGACUAUAACUUACAUGGAUUCAUCCCAGCAAUGAUGGUGCGGGAUUGUGAGAGGAAACAAAAGUUUGCUGUAAUUGUUGUAAAUGUUCAUCAUACAUCAUGCUUUCAUUAAUUUUCCUAGACUUGAGCAGUUGCUUUGCUAGUUUUCUUAGCUGUUAGGGUCUCUUCUAAUUUACUCUGGUGGGUAUGGCUUUGUAGAUGCAAUUGUUGCGAUCCUGAGCCUCUUCAUACAUCUGGAGCCACUGUAAUUAGUCCGUGCUGUUUGUUCUUUAUAAAAUGCUGAGCACAUCUUGCAGCUUUACAUGAGAUUUAGAUGUGACCUUGUGUUUCGUGGGGGGAGCGUUUCAUCAGCUGACCAUGUAACACUACGGAGCAACAAGCUGCAUCGUCAUGUGUCUUUCGUUGCCGUGCAGCUGUAUAAGGAAUUAAGCAGGUCAGCGAGUUAUAAUUUGUUGCAGACUCCUUGUCAUCAAGUC